AUGACAGAGAAAACCAGUGAUGAAAUAAGAGGAGGGUUUAUGAUGUGUUUUCUGGAUAAUGGUAUUGGUAUGAAUCCAAGUGAAGUAGCAGACAUUAUUCAUUUAGGAAAGUCUAUAAAGAGAACUUCAAAGUCCCAACUUGUUGGACAGUAUGGAAAUGGAUUGAAAUCUGGUUCAAUGAGGAUAGGAAUGGAUUUCAUUCUCUUUACCAAAAAAGACAAUACCAUGACAUGCAUCCUUAUGUCUCGAACAUUUUAUGAGAAAGAAGGUAUUGACGAGGUGAUUGUGCCGAUGCCAUCCUGGUAUGUUGCAACUAAGGAACCCAUGAUGACAGACAAAGAAAAAUUCUCCCUUGAAAUUGCACUCAUUCAUAAAUAUUCUCCAUUUAAAAACGAGUUUCAUGUGAUGCAGCAGUUUAAUAAAAUUACAGGACCAAGUGGAACUUUAGUCGUCAUCUAUAACAUGAAACUGAAUGAUGAUGGAGUACCUGAACUAGAUAUUGAAACAGAUGCUUCUGAUAUACUGCUAACAGGAAUGAUAGCCAGUGGAAUCCAACCAGAACAAUAUUCCUUUAGAGCCUAUGCUGCAAUAUUAUAUAUUGACCCUCGCAUGAAGAUCUUUAUUCAGGGGCAUAAGGUUCACGCUAACUGCCUCGUGUAUUCCUUGUAUAGACCUAGGAAGUACAUUUAUCUCGCCAAAGGUUUCAAAGUGCGUGCUUUGAGAGAGGUAAAGGAUGCAGAACAUGCUGUGAAAAUAGCAGAGGAACAUACACAUGAAGCAAGAUUUAAAGUGAAGGAAUUAGAAAAGUCCUGUGACGAUAACAUGAAAGCAAAGCUUGCCAAUGCUCACCACAAAUUAUCAAAGUCAGAGAGAGAUUUAGACAUAAAAAGGAAACUGCACCAAGAAAAGCUAAGAGCACUGAAAGUCCCAGAUAAACUGACUUUUAUUUUUGGAGUGAACGUUGAGAAGAGAAACUUGGAUGGAAUGUUUAUUUAUAACAACAGCCGUCUAAUCAAAAUGUAUAAGAGAAUUGGAGUACAGCUGAAUCACAUGGCUUGUCGCGGUGUUGUGGGUGUUGUCGAUGUACCCAGUGUGAUGAUGGAGCCCACUCAUAAUAAGCAAGACUUUGCAGAUGCCAAAGAAUACUCCAGUUUGCUUCGCAUUAUGGGUCAAUUUCUGUAUCAGUAUUGGAAGGAUCUUGGCAUUGCCCAAAUGGGAGUUGUAAAAUUUUGGAAUGAGUUUGGAUAUUUGUCAACAAACUGGAACUUGUCACCUUCCAAUGCACUUCAGUACAAGAGGAAACGUGCCAUUGAGAUUCCAGUUAUAAUGCAGUGUGACAUCUGUCUAAAGUGGAGAAAUUUGCCAUCUAACUUGGAUAUAAAUAACAAAAUAUUUUCUGACAUCUGGGUCUGCUCCAUGAACCAAAAUCCACAGCAAAAUAGCUGCGAUCUACCAGAACAGUUACCCCAUAUUCCGUUUGGAACUCCACUAAGGGGAUCAGUAAUGUCUGAUGAAAGGAAAGAACAACUGGAAAAAGCAGUUCAGCGGCACUGGGAAAAUGUAGCUGCCUUACAAUUUCAGGACAUUGCUCCCUCAAAAUCUAAUCCAUUCCCUUUACCUUUUUCCACUCGAAAAAGACGACUUUCAUCUUUUUCUACCAAACAUAACAGAAGGUCAGAAUCUUUAGAAAGCAUUCCCUUGUCCCAGACCAAAUGCUACAAAUCGUCAAGAAAUGGGAAAACAUUAAGAAUCUAUGGAAAAUCUAGAUCCGUUCCUGUAAGCUUGGAAAAACAAUCCUACAGUUCUGUGAAUUCUACUGAAGAAGAAGCUAUUGUGAAGACACUCCUGGUUCCAGUUAAAAAAGUCCACAGUGAAGAUCCUGUACUGUUGAGCAGUGACUACAUGGCACAAGCAUUAGUAAAGAAGGAACCUCUGAAAGAUGGAGUUAGUGUUGAGUCCAUGUGCUUCCAUUGGGAAGUAAAGGAAAAUAUAAUAGUUUCUUCUGGUAGUGAAAGUUUCCAGAGCAAAUGUGUGCAGGAUGGCAGUACUGGUGGCUCAUUUUCUGCUCCUUGCAGCAUAGCAGACCAUGUAUAUAUUAAAAAGCCUGGUAUCAGUAAUGAAACAGUAGAAGGAAUUGUAUCCAGUUUUCGGAUCCAGAUUAAGCCCUAA